AUGGUCUAUACUGAGUCCAAAUUUUCACAUCUUUCAUACUCUACCGUUGGUCAUGGUAGGACGGAUUCCCCAACAUUUAUCGAUGAUGCUUUCACUCCUAUAUCCGGAAAUGGAGUUGCCAUACCCUAUCCCGUUCUACAACGAACAUUUCUGUUGGACCCCACGCCCCCACCGAGUCCAGUACAUCAAAAAUUCAAAUAUCCAUCAUCUGCCUCUUCAUCAACAAUACAAGGACAGCAAGAUCUCAUAACAUUUGACAAACUUCCAGAAUGGAGUCAGGAUAAUCCCCAUAUCCACUCCGGAUAUCGACAAAUAUCUUAUUCUACUUCCACCUGUUUACACUCCUGUUUCCAAAUCCAUAAUGAAACUUUCAAUAUAUGGUCUCAUUUCAUUCCUUGUAUCUUAUUCAUUAUUCUCGAAGGAAUUAUUAUGUAUUAUCUCAAUACGCGCUACCCUAAUGCUACCGUAGGGGAUCGUGUCAUCUUCUCAUUUUUCAUUCUUUGCGCAACGAUAUGUCUAGGUAUCUCGGCAAUUUUCCACUCCCUUAUUUCACAUUCUCAAAAAGGCCGCGAUCUAUGGUUAAAACUCGAUUAUGUGGGGAUUGUCUUUCUCAUCAUUGGAUGCUUCAUUUCAGCUGUAUAUAUAUCUUUCUUUUGUCAACAAACUUUACAAUAUGCUUAUUGUGGAAUGAUUCUAGCAAUGUCAAGCAUGGCAUUAGUUUUUCUCCUCUUACCAGCUUUUCAAGGUCAUCGAUGGCGUUCUUUUCGUGUAGUAGCUUUCUGUGUAACAGCUGUUUCUGUUCUCAUUCCUUUCGCUCAUGCAAUAGCGCAGUCUGGAUGGGACAAGGCGAUGGAGCAAUCGGGCAUGCCAUAUUACUUUGCAGAAGCAUUACUACUUUUGGUCGGGGUUGUUUGUUUUGCUAAACGAUGGCCAGAAUCGUGGAUUCCAGGUAGUUUUGAUUUUUUGGGUAAUUCCCAUCAAAUAUUUCAUCUGCUGGUUGUGUUGGCCAUGGUGUUGCAUUUGGUGGGAAUUUUACAGGCGUUUGAUUAUAAUUAUGCGAAAGGGGAAUGUAGAGGGAAUAGUUCAUAG